ACGUCGAUCACAUCCAUCUCGUACUAUUCAUUGUACCACUUGAACAACACAACCAUCAUCAUGCUCUUGAAGAAUCUUCCCGUUGCGGCCUUGAUUGGCUACGCUUUGGCUCAAGAGGAAUCUCAAUCUCUCAAUGCCACUCUCACUGGCAACUCGCAGCUUUCCAACCUCACCCAGUUGCUUACUGCCGACCCGUCCCUUAUCAACGCUCUUUCUCAAGCAGACAACAUCACAAUUCUAGCUCCUAGCAAUGAGGCAUUCUCAAGGGCAGCUGAACAGCCCGCUUUCCAGGCCCUUACUUCGGAUCCUCAGCUUCUCUCUGCUGCCCUUCUUUACCAUAUCCUCAAUGGAACCAUCCGCGCGGAUGAUAUUACCAACACAAGUACUUUCGCACCUACAUACUUGAACAGCAACACGGCGGCUUCGAACGUCACUGGUGGGCAAGUUGUGGAAGCUGUUGUUCAAGGAAACCAAACUUCCUUCUACAGCGGGCUUUUGUCCAGAGCCAACGUCACUGAGGCUGACCUCAAUUUCACCGGCGGUGUUCUCCACAUCAUCGACUCUAUCCUUGUGCCUCCAGCCAACAUUCUCGACACCGCGUCUGCCUUCAACCUCUCCGCCUUCCGUGGUGCCGUCAACGCUACAAACCUAGCAACAACCCUCACUUCCACGCCAGACGUCACAAUCUUCGCCCCCAACAACGAAGCCUUCACGAACAUCAACUCGGAAAUCACCGAGCUCGACACCGAAACCCUCGCCAACAUCCUCGCGCACCACGUCAUCAACGGCACAGUCGGCUACUCCACCGAUCUCGAAGACGGACAGAACCUUACCUCCGCCUUUGGCCAAAACAUCACCAUCACCGAACGCAACGGCACUGUUUUUGUCAACCAGGCUAAGGUUGUUACCCCCAACAUCUUGAUCGGCAACGGUGUCUUGCACAUCAUCGAUGCUGUUUUGAACCCCCAGAACGCAUCCACCCCCGACGAGGGCGCGUCCUCAGGCGCAAACGCUUACCCCUCUGCGACCCGCAGCGGCAACGAAGUCCCCUUCACCAGCGGCCAACCUACCCCCACCACUACUGUCGACCCCUCUACUGCUGCACCUACCCCUGACGACUCUGAAGAAGGAGGCGAGGGUCAGGGCGAGGGUCAGGGCGAGGGUGAGGGUGAGGGAUCCGGUAACGCCGCGGCUGGACCCAGAGCUACUGGGGCCGCAGUCGGAUAUGCCAUGAUGGGUGCUGCCGCUGUUUGGUUCUUGUAAAAUGAUUUAUUCCAUUUAUGAUGCAGUAUUUUUAUGAGUUUUUUUUCGGGUAUGAUGGGUGCGUCAAAGGUCCCGAGAAGGCGUUGUUGCGAGGAGGAUUACUUUAUUGUAAGGCCCACGCUCUCACUCCCUCUCUUCCUCCUAUAAACCCGCCUUUUUGGAUCAUUGGCGUUUAGUUUAUUAAUGUCCUGUUUCUUCAUUCCUUCGGACUCGAUCCUACUUCUCAUUACCUUUUGUAUAUAUACUCAGAAGCUUCCUAAAACGAUACCACGAUCGCUAUUCCAUCUAUCCGCAAUCGUUUUAAUGAACGAUCAAUCAUACCUACGUGAUCACCCAUCUGAAUAGCUAAGCAUCUUCCCUUGAUAUGUAUUGAUUUAAGGUGAUGCGUAUUAGUCCCAUCCGUGUCAACACGCCUUCCUUCCCAACCUCACUAGGCCCUCGUUCCUUCCUUCCUAUACCCAUACCCAGACUCCAACAUACCCACGUACCUUCCUUCUCCACCCUCUCGGUUCUGAAUCCCUCAUAGAUUCUCCCUACUCCUAUAUAUACAUUUUCAACUACAAAACCCCCCAUAAAUAAGAGUCCCUAGAGCACGUAGUCUGGUGGCAGAACACUCGCCGCCGCCACUAAAACCAUGGGAGAUGCCCAUGGUGUAUAUAAAGCGCCAAGGUGGUAGACCGCCUUGGUGCAGGUGGCCAGCACCUUGAGAACCAGCCUUGGUGGCUAGCACCUCGGUGGCUCU